GUAGCGCCUCCUCCAUCAUAUCAGUGGUUUACUACAGGUUAUUAACUAUUUUAGAUAUAUAUAAAUGUAUACCAAUCAAAAUAUAGGUUAACGUUCACGUUUGGGUUGAUGGGCGGGGGGUUAUAAAUAUUUUAGCCGCAUCAGGAGGAGGCAGAAGGGGAGGAGGCUGAUACCUAUGGCUGAUUAAAGUUUGGUCGCACAGGAUCUAACGAAACGGCGGUGUAACGGACAAGUGCAAGAUGAAGCUAACGGAAAUAGCUCUGUUGUGUCUGUCCCUUCUUUUGGUUCAUAUUCAUUUGUCAUCGGCCAAGAAAGGAGGAGGGUUUGGGAAAUUAAAUAUCUUUAAGAAGACCCCCAAAAAGAAUAAUCUGGACACUAAGUCUAAACAGCCUAAACAAACCGAACGAUUCAACCAAGGAAGCUACCCUCGGCAACCCAGCCAGCCAGGAGGUUACCCAAACCAAGGGAGUUACCCUAACCAAGGAGGCUACCCUAAUCAAGGGGGUUACCCAAAUCAAGGGGGUUACCCUCAGCAACCAGGCCGACCAGGGGGUUACCCAAACCAAGGAAGUUACCCUAACCAGGGAGGUUACCCGAAUCAAGGGGGUUACCCUAAUCAAGGGGGUUACCCUCAGCAACCAGGCAGACCAGGGGGUUACCCUAACCAAGGAGGUUACCCUAACCAAGGAGGCUACCCUAAUCAAGGGGGUUACCCUCAGCAACCAGGCAGACCAGGGGGUUACCCUAACCAAGGAGGUUACCCUAACCAAGGAGGCUACCCUAAUCAAGGGGGUUACCCUCAGCAACCAGGCAGACCAGGGGGUUACCCUAACCAAGGAGGUUACCCAAACCAAGGAGGUUACCCCCAGCAGCCAGGAUACCCAGCUGGGGGCUAUCCAGCUGGAGGUUACCCAGCGCAAGGCUACCCAUACGGAGGAGGUUAUGGCGGCUUUGGUGGCCAUGGCGGAUAUGGAGGGUAUCCAGGUGGAUACAUGAACUAUAACCCAAACAACAAAGUCCUGAGUCCUCACUAUGGUGGCAGCUUUGGAUAUGGGGGUUAUGGCGGUAGGGGUGGCUCUCCCUUCUCCCACUCAGUUCAGGCAAUGGGUAUGUAUCCCUCCGAUAAAUCCAGAGGGUUUGGGCGCAGUGCCGUAAUGGCAGCAGCUGGAGGGGCUGUGGCAGGGAUGGCCCUGGGCUAUGGGCUAGGAAGAUUUCCCCGUCCUCCCUUCCGAUUUCAUAGCCCCCAGGAGGAGUAUUACUACAAUCACUACAUGUACAGGAAAUAUGGUACUAAGUCUACUGAUACCAAUGACUACAGCAGAGACUAUACAUACAGCAAACCCGAUCAAACCUAUGAUAGCUACAUGGACUCCUGCAUGAAGAGAACAGACCUUCUGCCAGCGCCAAAGAACAAACCAGCUGCCACUACUACAACUACAACCAUUACAACUACUUCUGUAGCUAACACAACUACUUCUGUAACUAACACAACUACUGCUGCCCCAGACUCUGGCAUUGACAAUAACACAACAAAGAGCAACAGCACUGCAGCAGAAAGCCCAACCACUGCACCUCCAACUCCACGUCCUCUUAAUAAGUCUGAAGCCAAUCCAAAGCCUCCUGCUUCACAGCCUCUCAGACAAGCUGCUGCUGAUGAUGAUAAUGAUGAUACAGUCACCAUUGUGGAGAUCGGCUAUCCAGCACUGAUUGAGCAGAUGAAGGCCAGGAAAUGUGUAGAGCUGUACAUGGUGUACUCUGAGAAGUACUUGAAGAAAAAGACAGAGUCCGGCAUCACCGAUGGGUUGCAGAGACUGGAGAUGGGCUUGCAAGGGCUCUUAGCUGUGGCCACAAGUACUACACUGAUGCUACUGAACAGCAACAUGCUAAUGCCGCUGUACUGAGGCCUUCAGUGACAGUUAGGGUGCUUUCAGACCUAGAGUUGUCUUGCUUUGGUCGGAAUCAGGGACUAAUUUUGUCAUAAAGUUGCAUAAUUGCCUAGAGUUGGUUCGUGUUCUCACAGCAGCAUUAACAAGCAGACCAGAUAAAAUGCUUUGUGCAAGAAAGCUGCUCUUUAUUUGUCAGAAUUUCCAUGCGGGAAAAAUCCAGGAAGUAAACAAAAUGUUGAAGAAGAGUACACUUGCGACACUUUUUAAUGUCCCAAUGGAAGGACAACUACGCAGGUUGAUUUCAUCGUGUAUUAUAUUACUUGCAUUUUUCAUUUUAGUCAAACCAUACAGUUUGAAAACGAGGCAUGAUUGCAACUAGAAAACAAUGUUUUGAUGCAUUGGAUGUGCUGAAUGCGCAUAUUAAGGCAGUACAGGAGGAGGUGCAUAUUAAUAAUCCUCCAGGACUUUAACAUACUCAUGUUUAACCCAAACAAAGCAUAGUGCAAUUGCAGUUGGUUCAGAUAGAGGUCGGAACACGUUCUCACCACCAACGAACUGCACCAAAGUUGGUUUGUAACCGGACCAAGACCACCUCUUCAAGAAGGUCUCGGUCUGGUUGUUCUGGUGCGCACCUGAGUGCGAUGGCUGUGUUCAUACCUGCUCAAACCAACUGUGCUAAGGGGGCAAAUGAACUUGAGUUUGAUUGAACCGAACCAAACAAGGCAGGUGUGAAAGCACCCUUAAAGUGAAAUGGACAAAUAUAGAAACAUGGUGUACAACAAAGAAUAUGUUAAAGAUAUUAAGUAAGCAGCGUGGCUCUAGAAAUGAAAGUAGCAGUUGGUUGGUCCACCACCUCAGUCCAGACUGAAAUUAUCUCAACAACUACUGGAUGAAUUGCCAUGAGAUUUUGUAGUGAUAUUCAUGGGGGAUGAAUCCUGAUGACACAAGGUCAGCACUUUGGAAAGAUUGUCAUAAUGAAUUGUAAUAACUCUCCUGAUUUUUCAUUUCUUGCCAUCAUCAGUUAGUUUAUUUGUCCAAAGCUUUGGUUCAUGACCAAAUACCUUCAAAACGAACAACAUCCUCAGUCUCAUUCUAACUUUGUCUUUAGUUCCAAUCAGCUGACUUUAGCAUGCUAACAUUAGCAUUUAGCUAAAAGCACCACUGUGCCUAAAAACAGCCCCACAGGCCCAUGCGUAUACUGUAGCAGGAGACUGAGUCUUGUUUUAUUUAUUCAAGCCAACCGUCCAGUGUCAGUGGCUUAGUGGAUUAGUUUACACCCUGGGGUUGGUCCAGGCUCUGUCAUGGCGAUGAUCUGUGUAAAUAAACAGCUCUGCAAUAACAGAGAUGAUAUAUACUAAUUGUGUUAAUUUGAGGGGGCUGAUGUUGGAGACAAGAUGGUACAAGGAUAGUCCAAAGAGGCAAGGAGUGCACAUUAUAUUAAAGUAUGCAGUGAAUAUUAGAGUAUUAAUAAUAUUAAUGCUUUAGACAAGAGAAGUUUUACAUUGUAAGCAUAAGAGUAGUAAAACAAUAUAUUAAUAUGAAAAUGUUGCAUUAUCAUCCUAAGAAAGCAACUAUUACAACAACAUAUAACUCAUUAUUAGUGGCUUAUUUGCUCUGAUGUAUUAAACAUGUCUGCUUUUUAUUUUAAGAAACAUGAGGUUCUGGGUUCACAGAAUUAUUGAUCCCAGAAACUUUAACAUCGGACUUUCAAUGGCAAACAGGUGGAGUCAGCUGCAUUCAAGAAUGUAAGAGUGCACUGAACCAUACCUUUCAAGAGCCCAUUAAUGUCUGUGAAAAUGCCUUGCACUCUCUGCUUUUAUGACAGAAACAUAUUAACGCCAGAGACUCAAGCAAAUGAGAGCCGUUGAGUCUAACAGCAAAUGGCUAAAAGAUUUACUGUAGUCUGCCUCGUGUCAGAGAGUCUCAUUUCACAAUUUACAUUAAAAAUGAAUGAAACUGGCAUUUUGUAUACUUGGAAGUGUAAGCUUUGGUAUGUAGCACUCGUCUUUUCUGAGGGUCUCUGCAAAUUAAAAUAUGCACACACCAUAAUGCAAGAAGUGGAGUUUUUGUCAUUAGGUUACAAAAAUAAAUAGUUAAAUUAUUUAAAAACCCUACAGAUCUUUGCUAGAAAAAUUGUAUGAAUUUGUAUUUAUAUUUAGUCUUGAUUUUUAACCUAUAAUGCACGUUUGAGAAACUUUAUACAUGUAUAGUAGAAUUUGGAGAAAGACCCAUGGGGACGGGGAAGUUGUGCUACUUCUUUAUGUCUGUAACUGUCUUUGUCAUGACAGUGGAGCUGUGUUAUAUGAGGUAUGAUGUCAUUAAGAUAAGGUCAGACAGUUUUUGUUAAAAAAAAUGUUUUUGUUAUUACGCUGUUUUGCUUAUUUAACUGUCAUUGCCCUGAUAUCUACAUGUGUUGUGAUAUUGACAGCAGUUAUUACUUAAUGUGUACCUGAAAGUUGUGUCGAAAAUAAAAUGAAAAACAAAACAAA